GGAAUAUUAGCCCAGGAUUCACAUGGCUACAUAAAGGGAAAAUUUGGGCCAACAUAUAUUGCCGCUUCAUACAUCAAGUACAUAGAGUCCGCCGGUGGCAGAGUUGUUCCGAUUCGGUAUCCUUUGUUAUGACAUGCACUGUUUUCUAUAUUGUAGUUGGUUUAUUCAAGUACAAACUCUGUUCUAAAGCAUGGAUAAACUAUCUUUUGCUCCGUUAAAGAUAAUGUAAAUCAUUUUUCCUAAUUCUAAUUUUAAUAAUUCUAAUGGUAUAAUCUGCAAAGGGUAUAUCCCAUCACGGCAGAUAUGCAGAUGUGAAUGUGCUUAUGUUAAACAUACAAUUAUGGUGCUAGUAUAAAGUUAAAAAAACAGUCAGCGUCUUUACAGGUGGCACAUGACGGCCUUUUUGAAAGCCUCUGAUCUACUGACUGCUUUUCUAUGACACUACAGUGAAACCUCUAUCAAGUGGACCACCAAUAUAAUGAAGCGGACACCCUCUUCUAAGCAGACACUGAACCCGGUCCUGAAAUUAACAUCUUACAUUUUCCUUUAUAACGAACCCCUAUUCAGCAGACACCUCUAUUAAGCGGACGCUAAACACUAAAAUAAAUUAUGUUUGGCUAAUUUCUAUAAAAACCUCUAUUAAGCGAAGACUGGACUGAAUUAACAAUAGCAGUAUUGGAUUACGUGCUUGAAAUACGUACUGAAGUCAGUUGAUGUUUUUGCAUUUACAAACAAAUUAAAGUUGGUAAUGAACCUUGAACUCUGGAUAGCCUCCUUAACAACAUGGAACUUUAUCACAGUACAGAGUAACCGUUGAAUGUUAAUUGUUUACAAACAUUGCAUAAUUUUUAUAAACUCUACUAAGCAGACACCCUCUAUUAAGCAGACACUUGGGAAGGUCCCAAAGGUGUCCGCUUAAUAGAGGCUUCACUGUAUUUGGUAAGGAGUUCCAGUCUCUGAUUGUAACUAAGUAAGUAACUUUAUUCAAUCAGGGUAGCCCAUUGAGAAAUAAAAAUGUAGGUAUUAUUAUACGUGUAAUAAAACUGUGUUGGGGACCCAAAAUCAAAGUAAAAACUCAAUGGGAAACUCGUGGAUACAUUGUUUAGAAAAGUUGAAAUUGUAUACCCAAGAAAAAUUAAGGCUACCUUGCAUGUAUAGAUAUGUUAAACACGCUUUGUACAUGUGUAUCCACAACUUCUAAAAAUUAAUCAGUAAUACUAAAAAUGUGGGCAGUUUUUUGGUGUGUUUUCUGUUUUUAAUGGUUUAAGGUGGCUCCCUGGCCUAAAGUAAAAUGAGGGUGCGCAGGCUGAGCACUAUUAUUGCGCGAGCUUUAUUUUCUGCACAAUGUCCAUGCAAAAAUUAAAAAAACAUGGCUUCUCAGUUUUGAAAUAUUCCCCGAAAAAAAAAACUUGAUUAAAUAAUUCUUGAGUCCUUUUAUGCAAGACAUUUGGUUAGUGUUGCUCAAACAUUUAUGAGAGGAGAAAAUUUUAUCGAGAUACAUUAAGCUAUCUAUCUCCAUAAGCAUGAAACACAUCAUAAACAAAGCAGAAACUUUUAUUUCCAAAGGCAUCAAAUUAUUUUGCGUUACUGCGCUUUUCAUAAACACACUAACUCUGAAGUUCAAAAGCCAAUUGACGAAUGCAUUUUUCACUGCCAUCUGCAUCAUCUAAGCGGACCUCUUGGGAAACAGAACUUUACUUAAACGGGUUCACAAGGUCAUGGUUUGUGAUCUGUGAUUGGUGGAUUUCAAUCCUUUUUGUUUGUUUCUGUGUUUCAAGGUUCUUGCUUGUGAUCGUAAUUAUGAUUGACGGCAGCGAAAAAUGCAAUUGUGAAGGUGGCUUUUGAACUUUAGAGUUUCGCGUGGUUGUGAAAAGCACAAAGUCAGUAAAAGUAGUCAAACAUAAAAUAAAAGUGGUGUCAAAGUAAAUGUGAGACUUCUAGUAGUACUUGCGAUCCAAUGUUAUAACUAUGAAACCAUACGUAUGGAAUAUUUUUUAGCAAUCAGCCAUGCAGCUUUAUUGGCAGGUUAAAAAUUAAAGGUGGCUGGCAGGUCAGUCUACGGACUUAUGAAUAUACUAAUUAACAUGUCAUACCAUUUUGUUAAAAAAUUAACCUCUGGUAGAAAUGACUUGAGUGAAGAACAGCUAGAAAAACUGUUUAGUUCUAUAAAUGGGUAAGUAUCAUGCAGAUUACUUGUUGGACUUACAAAACUGAUCAUAAUAAAGUGAAGAAGGUAUUUAACACUGUAGCAGUUUUGGCCAUUAAACUAUGGCUUUUUUUAAGCUAUUAGAAAAUACCCAUUUUUUUGAAGUAAAAACACCAUAGACGCCUUGCUUUUUUGUACAUGUAGCUAAUGUUAAAAAAAUAUAAAUGGGCUCUUAUUAAGGAUAAGUAGGAUAUUAAUAAGUAGAGGUAAUGGUUUCUUGUUUGCAUUUUUAAACAAUAGUAUUGGAGCCAAGAGGUAAGGUCUAUAGUCAUAAAAUUUUACCCAUCUCCACUUAACCCAUAUUGAUUUAAUACAGUAUAAUCUUCUUGUUCAUUAAGUUUUCUUUUUCUCCCUCUCUCUCUCUCUUUCUCUGAUUUAGGGUCUUAUUUCCAGGGGGUGCUGUAAGUGUCUUUGAUUCACAGUAUGCACGAACAGGCAAAAUACUCUUCAAUCUGGCAAUGAAGGCAAACGAUGUAGGAGAUGUGUUUCCACUCUGGGGAACCUGUCUUGGUUUUGAGUUCCUUAGUGUCUGUGGUGCAGGAGGACAAAAUGUUUUAUCAUCUGUAGAUGGUGAAGACUAUGCUAUUCCUUUAAACCUCAGUGAUGGUAUGUCGUACUCAUGCCUGGUCCUCACUAGUGAUGCAAACAAUAGGGGCAAUGUAUGAAAGACGGUACAUAAACAUGUUUAAAAAGUUGGGCAAGGUUCAGGUUACAUACUUACAGAGGAGAAACUUUUGUGAGUUUUGCAUUUUUUAAUUGGCUGCACUAGAGAGUCACAUACUUAUAGCCAUGGAAACAAUUAUUAUUCCAACAUAUUCCUGGAUUCAAGUAUUGUCACUCGUAUAAAUUUCAGUGAUAUGCCCUUAAAGGAACUGAGGUUAUAGCACCAAGAAUUAACAAGUUAUAUAUAGUUUCUAUCAUGAAAAUGAUCAGAGUGUACAUAAAGUGAACCUUCCAACAUUCUUAUAAUCAUUGUCAUUAUACUCAAUACUUUUGUUAUGUUGAUAUUUAGUUUUACAUUAUGUAAUUUUUUCUUGUUUAUUAUUACAUUAUUUCUGAUUAUCUUUCAGGCUAUGAGUCAAGCAGACUUUUAGGAUAUGCCCCUGAAGAGAUUAUUACUUAUCUCAGAACAGAAAAUGUUACUUAUAACCAUCAUCGGUACUGUGUUUCCACUGAUGUGAGUAGAUUUCUGAAGAUUUUUUGGUUCUGUUUUGGAAAAGGCCUAAAAAGGACCACCCUGGGUAUUAGAGGUUAAUUUCUCAUGUGCAGUAGAAUGCUUCAGUGUCCUGAGACACAGGCUAACAGGACAGAAACUGGAAAUGGUGCAUGAAAAGUUUCUGGCACCCAGGGUAGAGGAAGACCAAUGAACUGUUUUAUUUAUUUAUCUUUUUUUGAGCCCCUUCUAACAUUUCCUUGUCUCUGCAACAACUGCCUGUUUUUGUCACAGCAGAUUUACUCUUGGGUCCUCUACAACAGCCACACAUCUUUAUUCCCGUCCCUGUGUUUGAAAAUUUAAUUAACGAAAGGACAUGAUUAUGGUCACCCAAAUGGCAUAUCUUGUUUUAAUGAAAAGUUUUAUCUGUCUGUUGUAGACUUACUACAAUAAUGGCGCUCUCAAAAAGUUCUACAAAGUAUUGUCAACCAACAGAGACAAAGAAGGAGUCAAGGAGUUUGUAUCCACUAUUGAGGGUAAUGAUGUGAAUCUAUGAAAAGUGUAGUGUUGGAUGUUAUCUUUGUAUGGCGCUUUCCUUUUGUCAGAACUGAGCAGCCAGACCAUUCCAUCAUUACGAGAAUUUCACUUUUGAUCAAAACUAUCCAGCCAGAAAAUUCAAAUCCUAAAUAGUGUGCACGAAGGAGAUAGGUUUUCAUCAAAGACUCUUGGUCCAGCUGGCCGCGGUUCUGACUUUUGGAAAACAUCCAUAGUUUCUGUUAAGAUCUUAGCAGCAGCUACAUUUUUGUGUCCACAGCUUUCAAAACAUCCAAGAGCGAGCGAAAUGAAGGAAAGAAUUUCCUGUUUUCUGACUGGCUACUCAAAAGGCAAGCCCACUCAGGAUUUUCUGCUUUGUUCUGGCACAAAAAAAAGACUUUUGACCACAUGAUAAUUUCUUUAUUGACCAUGCUUGUUCAAAACAAAUAAAAAACUUGACCUCCUGCUUUGUCAACAACUACUUUUUUUACAGCUGAUAAGGGAACUGGAGCUGAAAUGUGUCCGCAAUUGUUUUUGGGAUUGUUCCUGGGGAUGCACCGGUCAGCUGUUGGUCAAUACUUUUCCCCUUUCCUUGGAAACAGUGCUAGAAGUCAUUUUUAAAGUUAACGUGGCAUAGUGUCUUUCUCGUUUUUCUAAACUGGCAAACAUAACAAUUCUAUCGCCUUUUGGAUUUAGGAUGUUAACUGUUUCAUGCUACGAGCAAAGUCUCCAAAACACUGUAUACUUAAUACUUCUUGCUUCUUUCCAUGCUCUAGGUCGUGAUUACCCGUUCUACGGAGUUCAGUGGCAUCCCGAGAAAAACCCCUUUGAAUGGACGUCUGCAGCAGUCAUUAAUCACUCAAAGAAGGCAGUACUGGUGACUCAAUACGUGGCAGAUUUUUUCGUCAACCAAGGUGUGUUUCCGACUCUAGACUACGAGUAGUCCCCAUUUUUCCUCAGGGAUAGUAGAACGAGCGAAACGCGAGCGCACGUGAAAAUCAACCCACGCAAGACUACUCGUAGUCUAUUCCGACUCAGGUUGACCAGGGUGGGAUUCACACAGCCUUCUUUAGUCAUGUUAUACGUUAGUAUCAUUAGGAUAUGAAUCAGAAUCAUGCCCCAAAUUUGGAGCUGCGUCGAUGCCAGCGUUUGACGUUAGGAAGCUACUACAGGAAUAGACUUGCAAGACGGAAGAAGGGAGCACAUUUGGAAUAUUCCCUCUGACCUGCCGUGCAUUGUUCGCACGUGUUAUGCACCCUUACAUCUUAACCAAGCACCAUUUGCCAAUCACGGUGGGUUAUGAGCAAGGUUUUAAUAGCACAGUCGGUUAAUGCGCGGCCUUCUCUUUGGAAGGUUCCGAGUUUGAUUCCCAGUUGUGACCACAAAUCCUUUAAGUAGCUUUGAAUACCUGAAAACGGAGCAAUGAUGGAGAAGAGAGGUGAAGGUGAGGGGGUAAAAUUUUGGCUCUUUUACGGCUGCUGGUUAACAUUUUUCAGUUACGGUUAACAAAAAAGUUAAAGAUUAACUGUUUAUUGUCUAGGUCUAAGCUACACAAAAGGCUUGGCCUAACGUGCGUACGGAGUCAAAGCACAGAAAGUAGCCGGGACAUAAAAACGUAACCAUAAGUGAGUUUAACACCUUUCUUAAAUUAACAAACCUAGCAAGGGAUCAAUUUCUUUUACGGUUAACUCUUUUUACCCUAUUUACAGCUAACGGUUAAAUUUUUUCAAUUUUUACGGCUAUCGACUAAAUUUUAGGCCGUUUUACGCCUAUCAGUUAACCCCAUUGUGACCCUCUAAAAAGCGUGAUGCAAGAGCAGAGCUGCUGGUUUAUUCAUAAAAACCAAUUGUUUUUUGACGUUUUCGUUUUCGUCGUCGUUGUGGUUGCGUAAGCUCCCUGUUAAUUCAACUGGUAAACUUGGGGUCGACUGUGCGUUCAUUUUAAUCCCUCUCUCCCUCCGUUUUAAGAGUAUAUCAAGCGAGUUAAAGCUGGACAGAAAUAAGAGAAGUCGAAACAAGGAUGUGACGUCACCGGGGCCGCGCACUAUCAAACUGUGCCACUUGCUCCUUGAUAUACUUUGAUCUCCGGCUGAAGUUCCCUUUUUCUUCUUCUUUUUCUAGCUCGUCUUAGUGGGCAUCGUUUUCCAAGCAAAGAAGAGGAGGAUGCCGCACUGAUAUAUCAAUACAACCCGGUUUAUUGCGAUCCAGAGAAAACCCACUUCGAACAGUGCUACAUUUUCAAGUAG